UCUAGUGAAUACAUCACACAAGCGUUUUAUAUGAUCCCCAAUUAUUGUAAAAGCGGUUCGAAUUCAUCGCAAUGAAUAGCAACAACAAUCCAAAAUGGAUAGAAUCAAAAUUGUUUGUGGAUGCUCUAAGGGAAUCUGUUGGUGAUUUCAAAGAGAUUCAACAUUUUAAAGUCUCUAAUGCCCUGGGACCAGGUGAAAAUUAUGCCACUAUAGUUUUGCGAGUGCAGAUUGAUUAUCUGCUUCCAGAUGAUUCAAGGCAGUCGCAAAGUUUCAUAUUGAAGGUAGCCCAUGAGAACGAAUGGUACAGACAGCAUGUUGCCAAAUGGGAAAUGUUCAAAAAGGAAGCCAUGAUGUAUACCGAUAUAGUGCCAGAGUUGGAAGAACUCUAUCGCUCCAAGGGCCUUGAAGUUCGAUUUGCUGCCAAAUCAUACAACCUGCCAGUGAAUGAGGAAUAUAUACUUCUGGAGGAUUUAUCGCAUAUGGGCUUUCGCAAUGUCAAGCGUCAGGAUUGUUUCGAUAUGCAGCAUACCAAAAAGUCUUUAAAAAAGUUGGCUCAGUGGCAUGCAGCCUCUGCGGUAAGAGUUGAAAAGAAAGGAUCUUAUGGACCUCUUUUCCAUGGAUUCCUGAUAGAGGAAACCAAAGAAAUGACUGAGCAAAUGUUUGGCGACAGUCUUAAAUAUGUUUUGGCUGCUGUUCGCAAAAUACCUAAUAAUCAAGAGUACUAUGGCAAAUUGGAAUCCUACUUCUCCCGCAUAGGCGAUGUUAUUUACAAAGAACGAUUAACCGAAUGUGAUGACAAUGAAUUUUUAGCCUUGAAUCAUGGAGAUUUUUGGAGCAAUAAUAUUAUGUUUCAAUAUGAGCAAGGCGGCGAUGACGACAUAAGUGAAACUUAUUUUGUGGAUCUGCAGGUACCCAGCUUUGGUUCUGUGACCCAAGAUUUGAUGUACUUCAUUAUGUCUUCCGCGCACUUGGAAAUAAAAAUCAAAUGUUUUGAUGAGCUUAUUCGUUAUUACCAUCACCAGUUGGUUGAGCAUUUAAAAUGUUUGGAAUAUUCGAAGCCGUUGCCAAAUUUAAGAGAAUUACACACAUCUUUGAUCAAGAAAAGUGCAUGGGGUAUUUUUACCGUAUGUUCCACCUUGGCUGGUAUAUUGUGUGACCCCACAGACGUUGCUAGUAUGGAAAAUUUUUUGAACGACUCAGAGGAUGGGGAAACAUUUAGGCAAAUGUUAUAUUUCAAUGAGCGAUACAUUCAACAUCUGGAGGUGAUUUUGCCUUGGCUGAACAACAGAGGGGCUUUUGAAUAUGUAAAACAAUUAACAACUUUCGUUAACUACCAUAAAAUGAAGCGUUUUGCCUGCAGUAAUACCAUAGCACUGAGAGCACGAAAUAAUAAAACCACUUUGACAUCGAAAGUACCUCAAACAAUGACCAGCCAGAGCAACAUACCAUCGUGGAUAAAUUCAACAACAUUCGAGGGAGCGUUACGUGAAUCUGUGGGGGACUUUAAGAAAAUUCAAAACUUCAAUGUUUGCAAUGCUCUGGGACCGGGUGAGAACUAUGCCACAUUAAUGCUGCGAGUUCAAAUUGAGUUUCUGCUGCUGGAUGAUAGCUUGAGCACACAGUCGUUUAUGUUAAAGGUACCUCUCGAUAACAAAUUAUACGAAGAAGAAAUGUCCAAGUGGGAUAUGUUCAAAAAAGAAGCUGGCAUGUAUCGGGACGUUAUACCAGAAAUGGAGGAACUCUAUCGCAACAAAGGCGUGGAAGUUCGUUUUGGUGCUAAAUCUUACUCCUUGCCAGUGACCAAGGACUAUAUACUGCUGGAAGAUUUGUCGCGAAGAGGGUUUCGCAACAUAAAACGCCAGAAUGGUUUGGAUAUGCAACAUGCGAAGAGUAGUCUUAAGAUGUUGGCUCAAUGGCAUGCCGCCUCCGCCGUCAGAGUGGCCCAAAAGGGUCCAUACGACGAAGCCUAUGUACAUGGGUUUUUAAUCGAGAGUUCCAGGGAGAUUACCCAACAAAUGUUCGACUGCAAUUUAAAACAUAUUUUGGCCGCCGCACGUCAGCUGCCCCAUCAUGAAGAGUACUAUGGAAAAAUGGAAGCCAUGUUUGCCAACUUAACCGACAUUGUCUAUAGUGAAAGUUCAACAGAAAUCUUUGAGAAUGAAUUUCUAGCUUUAAACCAUGGUGAUUUUUGGUGCAACAACAUCAUGUAUCAGUAUGAUGACGAGGGCAAUCUAAAGGAUACCCAUGUAGUGGAUUUACAAAUGCCUCGCUUUGGUUCUGUGGCGCAGGAUUUGAUGUACUUCAUAUUAUCGUCCACUCAACUGGAUUUAAAAGUUAAACGAUUCGAUGAGCUGGUAGCCUAUUACCAUCAACAGUUGGUAGAACAUUUGAAAAUCUUGGAAUAUUCCAAAACCAUGCCUUGCUUGAGAGAUAUCCACAAGUCGCUUAUCAAACGGAAUGUUUGGGGUAUUCUAACAGUUUCUUGCAUCAUGGCCGGAGUUUUAUGUGAACCCACAAAUGCUGCUUGUAUGGACAAUUUUGUGACUGAAUCUGAGGAAGGCGAUGAUUUUAGGCAAAAAUUGUUCUUUAGUGAACGUUACUUGCGACACUUAGAGGAGGUGUUGCCUUGGCUUAAUAACAGAGGAGCAUUUGAUCCUUGAGGAGGUAUUGAUGUGGCUAGUAAUAGAGAUUUUAAAAUGUUAAAAAUAUUUGCUGUUAGUCGUAGUUAAUUUCUUAACCUUAAGUAGUGUUACCAGAUUAGUUUAAUAGGUCUAUUAAAACCUACUGCCAUUUGUAUCUGUACACACCGCCAUUUACUUUAAGUUUGUGAUCGAAAUAUAUAUGUGUGUAUAUAAAAUUCAUAA